AUGGUGUCUAAGCUGAGCCAGCUGCAGACGGAGCUCCUGGCCGCCCUGCUCGAGUCGGGCCUGAGCAAGGAGGCGCUGAUCCAGGCCCUGGGAGAGCCGGGGCCCUACCUGCUGGCCGGAGAUGGCCCCCCGGACAAGGGGGAGUCCUGCGGCGCCGGCGGUCGGGGGGAGCUGGCCGAGCUGCCCAACGGCCUGGGGGAGGCGAGGGGCUCCGAGGACGAGACGGACGACGAUGGGGAAGACUUCACGCCGCCCAUCCUCAGAGAGCUGGAGAACCUCAGCCCCGAGGAGGCGGCCCACCAGAAGGCCGUGGUGGAGACCCUGCUGCAGGAGGACCCGUGGCGCGUGGCCAAGAUGGUCAAGUCCUACCUGCAACAGCACAACAUCCCCCAGAGGGAGGUCGUGGACACCACCGGCCUCAACCAGUCGCACCUGUCCCAGCACCUCAACAAGGGCACCCCCAUGAAGACACAGAAGCGAGCGGCCCUGUACACCUGGUACGUCCGCAAGCAGCGAGAGGUGGCCCAGCAGUUCACCCACGCAGGGCAGGGUGGGCUGAUCGAAGAGCCCACAGGUGAUGAGUUGCCGACCAAGAAGGGGCGGAGGAACCGUUUCAAGUGGGGCCCGGCCUCCCAGCAGAUCCUGUUCCAGGCCUACGAGAGGCAGAAGAACCCCAGCAAGGAGGAGCGGGAAGCCCUGGUGGAGGAGUGCAAUAGGGCGGAGUGCAUCCAGAGGGGAGUGUCACCAUCGCAGGCACAGGGGCUGGGCUCCAACCUCGUCACGGAAGUGCGUGUCUACAACUGGUUUGCCAAUCGGCGCAAGGAAGAAGCUUUUCGGCACAAGCUGGCCAUGGACACAUAUAGCGGGCCGCCGCCGGGGCCAGGUCCGGGCCCUGCGCUGCCAGCCCACAGCUCCCCAGGACUGCCCCCACCUGCCCUCUCCCCCAGUAAGGUCCACGGUGUGCGCUAUGGACAACCGACAACCAGCGAAGGGGCAGAAGUGCCCUCAAGCAGCAGUGGUCCCUUGGUGACAGUGUCUGCACCCCUGCACCAAGUGUCCCCCACAGGCCUGGAGCCCAGUCACAGCCUGCUGAGCACCGAAGCCAAGCUGGUCUCAGCAACUGGAGGCCCCCUCCCCCCUGUCAGCACCCUGACAGCACUGCACAGCUUGGAGCAGACAUCCCCAGGCCUCAACCAACAGCCCCAGAAUCUCAUCAUGGCCUCACUUCCUGGGGUCAUGGCCAUUGGGCCUGGUGAGCCUGCCUCCCUGGGGCCCACCUUCACCAACACAGGUGCCUCCACCCUGGUCAUUGGCCUGGCCUCCACUCAGGCGCAGAGUGUGCCGGUCAUCAACAGCAUGGGCAGCAGCCUGACCACCCUGCAGCCGGUCCAGUUCUCCCAGCCGCUGCACCCUCCCUACCAGCAGCCGCUCAUGCCCCCCAUGCAGAGCCACGUGGCCCAGAGCCCCUUCAUGGCCACCAUGGCACAGCUGCAGAGCCCGCACGCCCUCUACAGCCACAAGCCUGAGGUGGCCCAGUACACCCACACGGGCCUGCUGCCGCAGACCAUGCUCAUCGCCGACACCACCAACCUGAGUGCUCUGGCUAGCCUCACGCCCGCCAAGCAGGUCUUCACCUCCGACACGGAGGCCCCCAGCGAAUCCGGGCUGCAUACGCCAGCAUCUCAGACCACCACCAUCCACAUCCCCAGUCAGGACCCCGCCGGCAUCCAGCACCUGCAGCCCACCCACCGACUCAGCACCAGCCCCACCGGUGAGCCGCCUUUCCCUGCAGCUCCCUCAGGCGGGGAGGAAGUGUCCUCCAGCAGCCUGGUGCUGUACCAGAGCUCCGACUCCAACAACGGCCACAGCCACCUGCUGCCAUCCAACCACAGUGUCAUCGAGACCUUCAUUUCCACGCAGAUGGCUUCAUCCUCCCAGUAACCACGGCAACCACCUCCCAGGGGCUGGGCCCUGCCUGGAGCCUGCAUGGCCUGCUUGGGGGGUGACCGGGACAUCUGAGCCUGUGGAACUUUCACUGCCGCAAGAGAACGGCCUUCCCGGGAAAACUGCGUGGGUCCCCACCCUGCUCUGUCAGCAUCGGAAAGAGGUGCUGUUUCAGUACAAGAGGGGACUGUGGAGAGCUGGCAGGCAGAGCAAGCGGACGAGAGGGACUGUCCCUGCUGCUCAGGGUGAAUCUUGUCACUUGGAACAGAAGGGGCAGCCUUUGGACCAUGGUACCUCCAGCCUGUGCCCGUGGAGAGCCCUGGCACCCCAAGGGAACCCUUGCAGCCGCACUCCUCAGGACACAAGGCUGCGUAGCUGUGACUCACGGAGCUCAGCAGGAGGCCCAAGAUCAACAGGGCCCCAUCCUGUCACCUGUGCUCUGACCAGGCCCCUCCGCCCUGCACCAGUUCCAGCCAUUAACCCCUGCUCCCCACUUGCAUAAGCAUUCUCCGAUUGGCUACUCAGUGCCAGGGCCCAGGGCUCAGACGCCCCCGCCCCAGGAAAGCUCAGGCUAGCAGUGAAGGCACACAGGCCCCUCUGGCUUCCAGAGCCUUCCCUCUCCCAGGCCUCCCAGGGGGCCAGUUCUCUCGGCCAUUCGUUCCCCGUGGGCAUCGCACCUUCUAAUGCCACUCUGGCAUCUUGCCUCAAUGGGAAAGCCCCCCCACCACCCCAGGACUAGGAAGUCCCUCUUGCCCCAUGGGAACCUUGUGACUCUGCGCCUGGUCCUGCUGUUGAGGUUCUGGGCCACAGCUCCCCUGGCAGCCCCUCCCUGCAAGGGGGGCGGGGCACAAGCCGCUGAGGUCAGAAGGCAGCAAGGCCUGAGCAGGUGGCUGAGCCCAGGGGCCCACAGGGUGAGGGGAGAGGCACUACCUGUGGGGGCGGGGCUGCUGCCUGUUAGGCUGGGUGCUCGGCCGGCUGAGGGACGAGGCCACGGCCAUGGCCAGGAGCCUGAGUCCUGAGUGCAGCAGGAGGGGCAAAGCAGUGGUGUCAGGCUGGGGCUCUGUGACCUCCUCUCCAGGGAUGGGCUGCAGCUGACCUGGGCCGAGGAAAGGGCUGGCGCAGAAUGCAUGCCCCCACCCUGGCUCGCAGCCAGCCGAGGCCCAGCCUGUGCAUUUAUUUAACUUUUAGUAAAAGAAAUGAGGAACGGAGUAAUGGAAAUGA